GGGAGAAACACAGCCCUGGCAUGCCGAGUUGGCUUCUCGCCCCCGCCCUGGGGAGGUAGCGCAGAGAGGAAGGCAGCGCUCCUUUCCCCAACUUCCCUGAGCACACUGCACCUCUACAGCAACCAGCCCUCAGGAUCGGCAGGAGCAGCCGGCAGGGCAUCGCUCGUCCAGGCAGCCGUGGUGCUCUAAGACACAGCUGCAGGCAGAGUGCUGAUUUCCUCCCCUCCUGGCACCAGGAUGACUCUGUGGGAUGGCUCCUUCCCCUUCUACCCCAACACGAAUGCAUGCUUCCCCUUUGACACCACGCAAACUGUCAUCAUCUCUGUCGUCUUCUCUGCACUGGCCACUUUCAUCAUCAUCCUGCCGGGGAUCCGGGGCAGAGGGCGAUUCUUCUGGUUCCUGCGUGGGAUAACGGGCCUCUUCAUUGGAGCAGUGGUCCUCAUCUUCACAGUGACACAGUUCACCAGGGACUGGGAGAACGGCUGGGUGACAGCAAACACCACCUACAAGUCCUUCAGCCACGCUAUGGUGAAUGCAGACAUUGGGCUGCACAUCGGCCUGGCAGGGGUGAACAUCACGCUCAUGGGAAACCCAGUGAAUCAGGUCAAUGAGACCAUCAGCUACAACGAGCACUUUGCCUGGAGCUUCGAUGCAGAUUAUGACCACAGCUACAGUGAAGGCCUGGAGAAGGGGCUGCCCAGCCCCAUCCUCUACGUGGCAGAGAAGUUCACCAUGCAAAGCCCCUGUGGUGUGCACAACCAGUAUCGCCUCUCUGGCCACUACGCAUCCCUCACGCUGUGGAUGGCCUUUUGUACAUGGCUCCUUUCCAUCUUGCUCUUCUCCAUGCCCAUCCUGCUCUAUGGUGGCUACAUGCUCCUGCUCACUGCAGCACUGAUGCUCUUCUCAUUGCUCUUCCUCUUCACUGCGAGGAACACUCCAAAGUGUCCCAUCCAGUUUGGCCCAGCUUCCCUGAAAACAGUCUAUGGCAGAUCCUUUUGGCUGACUUUAGCAACAGGGCUGCUGUGCCUCCUGCUGGGGCUUGGUGUCAUCGUCCUGAAUUCUCUGCAGCCAGAGAAGCUGAAACUUGUCUUUAACCUGGAUGACAGGGAGGGAAAGGGAGAAGCAGCAGAAGGGUGGGAGAAGUCCUCCCUGCCAGCUGACGCCAGCACCUCUGAGCAGGACAUGCUGAUGGUCCCGAUGAGUGAGCUUUGUGAGGUGACAACCACCAAACUGUAAGGCUCUGGGGUGGGAGGGCACUGAAGGAAGAGUGAAGCCCAAGAACACCCUGCUUUCCUUCUGCACAUCUGGCCACAGCACAGAGGCAGGUCAGGGUCCCAGCUCGUCCCUGCCUUGCCCCUGUUGCAGCUUGGUGCCAAGUGCCCCCACCACAGAGGGUCCUAUUGAGCCGCCCAGGGUAGGAGCAGCAUCUCUUCCCUCUUGCUUGUGCUCCAUUAGGCAUGUAGAUGUAUCUGCACAGCUCUGCAGGACCAGCCCAGAGACUGGGUUUAAAACCAGAUGGUCUGCCUGCCUGCAUGGCUUGCUGCUUUCUGGGCUGUCUCAAGUGGCUCUUGGCCUGACUGGGACAGGAGACUACCCUGAGCAGCACCUGCGUGAGCCGUGCUGGCACUCUGAGGGCAGCCAUCUCCACCAGCCCCUCCACCAGCCCCUCUCCCCAUGGACGUGGUCUGCCCUGAGUGGACGAGGUGAGCUGAGGUCUUUCCCCUGCCAUGGCCUGACACAAGGCAAUGACAGCUGGGACUGGCAGGAGGCCUGAAUUCAAGCACCAGCCCCAGCCCUCUAAGAGCACAAAUGGGAACAGACACAUGAAGGACUGGGUGAUGUGACUAUCCAAGCCUGGAAAGGUCUCAAAAAUAACAGUUUGCCCCCAUUUUGCUGUUGCUAUUCAGUUCACCAGCAGCUGGGAGAGCUUUUGCGGUGAGGAAUCUUGGCCCUGUUCCUGGCUGUCCAGUUACAGCUACUGGGCUACUGCUCUUCCAUUUACUCCAUCUCCAACAAACACUGAGAGGCCUCCCUAAGAUGCAGAGGCUAAAAUGAAAGAAACUAGAGAAAAGCAUAAAAAUGAACGAAAUGAGCCCCCUGGCAGCACCCCAAGCCCAGAGGCCUCUAAGUAGCCAGGGGACUCUGCCCAGGGAUCUCUUCCCAUCAGCAGGCAGGACAAGUGAGCAGAGCUGGGCCCUAUGGCCACCAGGAUGCCCCAAGUGCAGUGUUUCCUCUCGGUGUGUGGUGAACAACAGGUUGGCAAGGAGGGCCAUGACUCAUUGGGAUGUUGAAGGUACCAAAUCUUGGAGGCAUCCUGGAUUUCAGACCAUCCUGGAAUCCCACAGCUCAAGUUCAACAUGGGCAGCAGGUCUGAGGUGCGUUGGGCUGUACAUUGGGCUGGAAGAAGCACAGUCAAGGAGUUGGGUUUUGGUCCCUGCUUUUUACAAUGCUUAAAAACACCCAGAAACCACAGGGACAAUCCAGGAGCAGCCUAGGAAUGUGCAUGGCCAGACCUCAGAGGAGCAUUGAACAGUCCACUCACCCUGCAAAGGGCCAGAAGCAGCCACCUUCCUGCCCUGCUCCCUUCUGUGGGCUCUGUGCAAGGCUCUGGAUGCAGUUUCACACAUCACAAAUCAAAGCUCAUCAGAGUGGACGGUCACAAGCCAUGAGUCACCAGUGUUCUUGCAACCUUCUGAGAGGAAGACAGAAUGCUUCAGCAAGAAGGAACAAGAGCAGGAGAAGGGAACAGAGGUGCUAUGGUGCCUCAGAAUGCGCCUGUAAUUAAUCAGUAAGAGGUGGGCAUCAUACCCUGUCUGGAAGGCUUGAUUUCAUCCUGCUUAACUGUGAAAAUACGUAUUGUGAGGCAUGUGGUGCUGAAAUACUGCACAUGCAGCCACCCACUCCAGGCUGCCAGCUGCUAAGAUGCGUCUUGGCCAUUUACGUGGAGGGACAGAGAGAACUGAGCAUGUUUCAGGUUUGCACCCCUUUCGCUUUGUGCAUAUCUUGCAAAAUCUUUUUUCUGUUUUGUACUUACGUAUUUUCCCCUCUAUCUCAAUGAAAUAAAUCGGACCUGGUCUUU